GACUGCGGGCAUGCCGCAUAGUGGAAGGAUUAGGGAAGAAAAUUAAACCAUUCGUGAAGGCCUCAACUCCUCUCGUCCCGGGCGCGAUCGUCUCUUCCGGCGGCGGCGAUCACCGUCGACUACUCCUCAGCGCCAGCAUUCAAUCCUGCUCAGAGAAGGAUAAGAGUCCGACCGACGCCGAACCAUGAUACAUUUUGUGCUUCUCAUCAGCAGGCAGGGGAAGGUGAGGCUGACAAAAUGGUAUACUCCAUAUCCACAGAAACAGAGAUCCAAGGUAAUCAAAGAAAUAAGUUCACUCGUACUGACGAGAGGCCCGAAGCUGUGCAAUUUUGUUGACUGGCAAGGUUACAGAGUUGUGUACAAGAGAUACGCUAGCCUUUACUUCUGCAUGUGCAUUGAUCCUGCUGACAACGAACUGGAAACUCUUCAAAUCAUCCAUCACUAUGUUGAGAUAUUGGACCGGUACUUUGGCAAUGUCUGUGAGCUAGACCUGAUAUUCAAUUUUCAUAAGGCCUACUUUAUAUUGGAUGAGAUUUUGAUUGCUGGUGAACUCCAAGAAUCAAACAAGAAAGCGGUUUUGCGCCUAGUUACUACACAGGACGCUUUGGUGGAAGCCGCAAAGGAGGAGGCAAGCUCAUUGAGCAACAUAAUUGCACAGGCUACCAAGUAGAGCACUUAUGUCUUGUACAAUCAUUACCCACACCUCAGAGCAUGAUAGUAACUUAAUCAGUACCAUACGGCAACAGCUUUCACUCUCAACUUUUCCUUGCAGUUUACCUCUGUUACAUUUAUGUAGUUUGGUCAGAGAUCUGUCCUGUCUACCUUUUCCUUUUAUUUAUUUUGUGUUUUUGCCCCCACCUGUUUCAAGGAAAUGAC